AUGGUUCUAAUUGCAUCGAGAAAACGAUGUGAGGAGAAGAUAACGGAUGUGGGUGAAGACGGAAAAUUGGUGGAAAGGUUUUUCGCAACCAUGGAGAGCAGCACCAUUCCUGAAACGACGUUUUUUUAUGGAAAGAAGAGGCGAAUUGUAGCAAGGGAGGCUUUUAAUCGAGUAGUUGCAGACAGUCGAGAUCUGGUGGAGCGAAUGAUGUUAAUGAGAUUAGCCACCUCAGGCGCCACUCGCGAUCUCGAGAAAAAGGUGGAUAGGAUGGAGUACCGCCUGGAGCGACGCAUAAUCUCGCCAGAGGCAUCCGUUCAAGAUAUUAAAGGGUAA